AUGACGGAGCAGUUAAAAACAGAUGAAAAAGUUGCGUUCAUGUGUGAACGGUUAACGAAGUUAGGAUUGGUGCACGAAAGUGACAUGCGUGGAUUGCCGACGACCGGCAACAAAGAAGAGAUGGCGAAGGCGAUCGUCGAAUACGAUAGCCGACGCAACCAAGAUGCAUGCGGGUCCAAGGAACAUCGGACACAGGUAGUAAACGAAGUGAAAAAGAAGAUUGAUCUACAUCGAUCGGAGAAAAGUGCCAGCAGCUCAUCAGAUAACGAGUACGAGAGCGACGCAAGCGCAGGUGUAAACAGGAGCAAGCGACACUCCGAACACUAUGUACCAACACGUAGAACAAUGGAACGUCCGUUAUAUUCGUUCCGCGAGGUCGAAGGUGAUAUUGACGCAUUUGGCGCCGAAGAAGGAGAAGAUGUGAGAGUGUGGAUGCGCCAGUUAGAGAAAAUAGCAAAAACAGCUAACUGGGACGAUGACCACAAAUUGCUUAUGUGCCGCAGAAAGCUAAUCGGUACAGCACGGCGAUUUUUAGCAUCCAUGCGGAGCGUGGAAACGUUCGUCGAAUUAAAAGGUGCACUGCUGAAAGAAUUUGCCCCAAUAGUAAGGGCGAGCGAUGUUCAUCGCAUGUUGGCUGCGCGAAGGAGAAGGGCAUCCGAGUCGGUACGUGAUUACGUAUACGACAUGCAACGGAUCGCGUUGACAAUUGACCUAGAAGAGAGCAGCAUAUGCGAGUACAUUGUAGACGGUAUAACUGAUGACGAAUAUUAUCGCUCUCAGUUGUACGAAGCCCAGAGUAUCGAGGAGUUGAAAAAAAGAAUGUCGUGUUUCGAGAAGGCGCAACGACGGCGCACCGACACGAAACAAAGAGCGAACUGCGACGCUAACGGCGAAAAGAAAGAACGACCAAUGAAUGAUGCAACGAAGCAGAGUAACAAGAACGAACGGAAGAAGCAUUGUUACAACUGCGGUGGGACCACCCAUGUUGCUAAUGAAUGCCCGCAAAAGAACGAUGGGCCGAAGUGCUUCAAAUGUAGCGCGUUUGGUCACCGGGCCAAAGAUUGCACAGAGACCGGUCGGAAACAUCCAUCGACGAAAGUGAGCACGGUGCAAUGUAUAAACAAGGCCAAUCCAAGUAUGGCACUAAAGAUACUUGGGCGAGAUUUUAAAGCAGUCGUCGAUACCGGAAGUGAGGUAACACUAAUACGUCGUGAUGCUUGGGCACAACUAUUCAAAGAUGGCGGACAAAUGAAGGCAUCGACAAUGCAGGUAUGCGGGUACGGCGGUGAGAUUAGCACGGUUGAUGGAGAGGUGAAGCUGAACACCAUCAUCGACGAUGAAAGCUACGACAUCCGCUUCUACAUAGUACCGAACACUGCGAUUAAUGUGCAAUUACUCAUUGGGAUGGAUUUUCUUAAUGAGGUAAAUUACGCAAUAACGCCGGACGGCGUAAAAGUGAAAAAAUACCACUUGCCGAACGACGAAACAGAACGAUGCGAAGCCGAAUGGAUACGAUGCAUUGCAGAAGUCGUGGACGAUAAAGAAUUAUCGGCCCCUUAUCCGUUUCGAGGUGACAUCAAAAAAAUGGUGGAAAACUAUCAUCCGAAGGAGUCGGUUGUCGCCACCAAUACGUUGACGAUCAGGAUGAAGGACGAUGAGAUCACAUGUGACAAUCCACGUCGCUUGGCACCGUUGGAAAAGGAAGUAGUGAAGAAGCAGAUUGAUGAAUGGAUGAAGAAUGGAAUAAUACAGCCUUCUGAAAGUGAAUAUGCAAGUCCAGUUGUGGUUGUUCCAAAGAAGGAUGGAUCGUACCGUGUAUGUGUAGAUUAUCGCCAGAUAAACAAGAGAAUGAUGCGCGAUAAAUUUCCGAUGCCGUCGACCAGAAAGUCCUACAACUACAUCCUAACCGUGAUUGAUGCAUUUACGAAGUUCGUUUGGUUAUUCCCGACGAAGUCAACGACCGCUGAAGAAGCCAUAAGGAAGUUGCGAGUGAUCAACGAUACGUUCGGUAAUCCCAGAAGGAUCAUUUGUGAUCGGGGAGCGGCUUUCACAUCCGGAUUGUUCGAGAAAUUCUGUGAAGAUGAAAACGUCGAGUUACAUAAGAUUGCAACCGGAGUCCCGCGUGGUAAUGGGCAAGUGGAGCGCGUCCAUCGGAUUAUCAUUCCAAUGAUCACCAAGUUGUCAAUCGAUAAGCCCGAAGAAUGGUUUAAGCAAGUGCCGCGAAUACAGAAGUGCUUGAAUAAUAGUUGGCAGAGGGCAAUUG